AUGGAUGCUCCGCUUUCCUUCGCACGACCAGCGGUGCAAGUAGGUACUCCCGCACUAGAGGGAGGAGCACCAGCUUUACAGCUUGGAUCUCCGGAAAAGCCAAUCCUGCAAGACUUCGUCUACUCGAGACUUCCACACAGAUCAAUACGCCUACUCAGAUUCAUAUCCCGGGGCCUUUCGGAUACACUCGAAUGCGAGCUUCAAGAUUUUCCGCUCAGUCCUAAGGGUCGGCUGCCGAAGUACCAUGCGCUCAGUUACUGCUGGGGUGAUCCCACCCGUAGCAACUCACUGAAAUGCAAUGGAAAAGAAGUCCUCAUCACGACGACACUGAAAGACGCUUUAUUGCGUUUAGCCGCUCUCGGUCGUGGUAGUGCCGAAUGGAUUUGGAUCGAUCAAAUUUGCGUCGAUCAGACUAAUAAUGAAGAAAAGGGGACGCAAGUCAACAUGAUGAGGGAGAUUUAUCGAAAGUCUGAAAAGACAAUUAUUUGGCUUGGCCCUGACAUCAAGGGUAUCGAGACUACGUCUAGUUUACUAGACGACAUGUGGCGACUUCAUAUAGAGGAUCAAGAUCUGGUCGAUAGCAGCCGGAAACGCAGACCUUAUACAUUAGGCGACCUCGAGGCCACGAACCUACCACCAGCAGGGGACCGUUCCUGGGAAGUUCUGGCUGAGUUGCUUUCACGGCCAUGGUUCGUAAGAACAUGGGUAAUCCAAGAAGCCGUGCUUUCAAGCGUGUAUCCCCGGAUGCUCUGUGGCUCCUACGAGCUAGACUGGGAGAAACUUCUAGGCUCAUGUUCAUGGAUGCGAUCUAUGUGUUACAGCAUCACACCCCUCUCUCAUAAUAUCGUGGCUUGGACUGCGACCAGAUCUUUGAAUUUGUUCAACGACUUCAAGAACGUUGGCGGGCAUUGGGACAUGGUCACACUUCUCAUGAGAUCGACGAAAUUCCAAGCGUCAGAACCGAGAGACAAGGUCUACUCACUCGUUGGUUUGUCAGGAGAGGGAUCGGAUUCUACCUACAUACCAAAGGCACUUCAAGCAAACUAUGACAAACCCUGCAGGGACGUCUUCCGCGACGUGACUCGAUACAUCAUCAAGUCUUCGGCGAACCUUAGAAUUUUCGCACUCGUCCGCUACACCCCAGAGGGGAAAGCUUUACCAUCAUGGUCUGUGGACUUCACUGCGGAUGCUCAUUGGGAACAGAUAUCGUAUUUGGUAAUGAGCCACCAUCUCAGGGGCUGGCCUUCAAUGAGAGAGAAACCUAACAAUGCCUCGGACAAUCUUCCAGUUGAUAUGCCGGUAUCACCUUCAGAUGAUAUCCUUGCCUUGAGGGGACUCUUGAUAGAUGUCGUAGGUACGCCUUGUGAGACAAUGUCGCGAUCCAACCUUGACUCAUCCGGAUCCCAAGUUCUCUUCGCAUGGAAGUCGGCAUAUGAACAUACAAGAAACAGGCGCCCAGAUCUCGCUCGAGCGUUCAUGGUUACGCUGACCGCAAACUGGAGUCUAACAGAGACCGAGAUGAUGGCGCAUGAGCCAUUAUCUAACUUCUGGGCUUAUCUCUGGCAGGCCUAUGAUGAACUACUUAAGGUUUCCGAGGACCAUGAUGCAGUCAAAAGGGAGCUCCAACAUGUUCUCGAGCCGCAGAAUGCUGAUGAUCCAGGAGAUGCCAAUCUGUACCGUCUUCAUCUGAACGCCGCAUAUACUCGCAGAAUGUUUUUCUCAAAGCACAAAUCUUUUCUCGGUCUGGGACCAAAGGGCAUGCAGGAGGGCGACAUCUUGUGUGUUCUCUUUGGUGGAGCAACGCCGUUCAUCCUAAGGCCAGACGGGGAACAGUUUAGGUUUGUCGGGGAGUGCUAUGUGUAUGGCCUUAUGAGCGGCGAGGCCAUCAGGGAUUGGGAAGACGGGUUAUAUGCUGAGCAGACCUUUCAUCUGGUUUGA